AUGGCCACGAGAAGCAGCGCCGCCCAACAAGAAUCUUACAUCCGGCAACUCGCCGACCGCAACCGCACGCAAAACACCCAAACCAGCCGCAUCCUCCUCGCCAUCCCCCUCCUCGCUACCAUCCCCUACCUCACCACUGCCACCACCGCCGCCGCCGCGGCGCUGCCGACCUGCCUCGCCCUGUCCUCGCUCGCCGCCACCGCCUACCUGCUGCAUAGGCUCCCGCCCGCCGUCACCGGUCUGCGCCCGCUCGACGACUGGGCCGGCACGGGGGGUGCCGCCGGCGCGCGAGGGCCGCUGGACCGCGCGCUGCCGUACCUCAACGGCCUGCUCGCGGGGGUGCUCGCGUUCUGGGGCGCCGCCGUCGCCUACAAGGCGAGUCGCUUCGACGGCGGCGGCGGCGGCGGCGGCGGCGGCGGCGGCGAGACGAGCGGAGCGCUGGCCUGGCCCGUCAUGUGCAGCUUGCCCGCUGGCGUCUACGCGGUUGUUCUGCUGGCCAAGGUCGUCAUGGCUGGCGUUGACCCGGAAAAGGAGCUCUCCGCGCUGAGAUACGAUUACAAAGGCGCCUAA